AUGACUAACGCCGGGUCAUUGAUUAGAGAAGCGGUGGAAUUAUAUUAUGGAGAUACCGCAUCGCAUACUAUAUUGUCUUCCGACCCGAAAGUUAGGCUCGAGCAAAUAGUAGGUCAUUUAACUGUAUCAUUAAAUGACUUGAUUGAUAUGUCAAUGAGUUUUUAUACAGAGUUAAUGAAUGGGCUAAAAGCUCAUAAGCGGCAUAGGAAUUUAUGGCUCCCAAAUGAGUGUUCUUUUAAGAUGCUUGAUUCAUUUAUUCCUAAUGUUCCAACGGGAAAUGAGAAGGGGUCUUAUUAUGCUCUUGAUUUUGGUGGAUCGAAUUUUAGGGCCGUUCGUAUAUUAAUAGAUGGAAGUGGAAAGAUGCAUCGUAACCAGUCUACUUUUAGUUUGCGCUAUUCAAGUGCUCUUGGCCCAAAAGGUUUACUUGAUCAGAAAGCUACUGCAACUGAACUUUUUGAUCAUUUUGCUACGAAGAUCGGUCAAGUUAUUAGGGAGUCGGGAGACGAUCCAGAACCAAGUGUACCUUACAAUGUUGGUUUUACAUUUUCAUUCCCAUGUACUAUGCUUUCACACUCCAAUGCCAUCUUAUUGGAUUGGACUAAGGAUUUUGAGACUGGUAGAGCUACGAAUGAUCAAGUUGAAGGUAAAGACGUUGGCGUUUUAAUGGAUGAAGCAUUUGUACGUAAUAAAAUAAAUGCUAAGGUAUCCAUAAUUUUAAAUGAUACCGUCGGUACUCUUUUGUGUUGCGCUUACCAGAAACCAAAAGAUUAUCCCCCCUGUAAAAUAGGCGUUAUUCUUGGAACCGGAUUCAACAUCUGUUACGAGGAAGAUGAAUAUGAUCGGUUCGGUUACGUCGGAAGGGUCAUCAACAUCGAAUGUGGUAAUUUUGACAAGGAAUUGCCAUUUACUCCCGUUGACUACGAAAUCGACUAUUAUACAUCAAACAGAGGCCGUGGUAAACUCGAGAAACUUGUUUCUGGAGCAUAUCUCGGUGAAAUCAUAAGGAGGUAUAUGAUCCUCUAUCUAAGGGAGAAGGCUCCCCCGAAAAUGUGGGUUGUCGGAACAUUUACUUCAGAAGAUGCUAGUGUAAUUUUAAAUGACAAUACUGAGGAUUGGCGUAUUACUAAUGAGGUUGUUCGCAGAGCUUGGGAUGUAGAUUUAAAUUACGAAGCUUUAGUAGGACUCAGAAAGAUUUCAGAGGCUGCUUUUGCGAGAUCAGCUGGAUUUGCAGCAGCUUCUAUUUGUGCUACGGCUCGAAAAGCUAAGGCAUAUGUUAGAUCCAGGGCGACAGCCGCCAUCGACGGAUCAUUGUACAUUAAAAACGAAUGGUACAGAAACAAAUUACAGUACUAUAUUGACACUGUGACAAGGCCUGAUCUUAAGGGUAAUGUAGUUUUAUUGCCUUCAGACGAUGGUUCAGGGAAAGGCGCCGCCAUCGCUGCAGCAAUGUUUAAUGAUAAAUUUCUUUAA